UCUGCAAAUCACACAGCACACGGAAACCUGACUGAAAAACUGGGGGGUGGGGGAAAACCCCUUUGGGUCCAUUUAACAAUGAACGAAAACCAUCUCAAUAUGGGCGGGGAGCUUCGUCAGGGCGAAUACCUCACCAGUGUCGACGGGAAACACAGAGCCGUCUUCCAGGAUAACGGCAACUUUGCCAUCAUCUCUGAGUCUUCUGUCACCUGGCAAACAAAGACCUCCGGCAGCCAUGGCAUGCGAAUUGUUCUCCAGGCAGAUGGAAACCUGGUGAUGUACACACAAUAUAGGAAGGUGGUUUGGUCUAGCUACAGCUACAGCUUACUACGAGAGUCAGCACAUGUUCGACUGACUCUGACCAACGAAGGCCUCCUGGAGCUGGACAGAGAUGGGGUGCACAUCUGGUCCUCUGCCACAUCUGAGAAUUGGAGGCCCAAAAACUUGUGAAAUAGGCUACAUUCUGAACCAAUAAACAAGUUUUACU